ACCCUGAUUUUACGUCGUUCAAAAUAGAAUGGCCAUAAAAUUGGUUAAAAAGAAAACUGAUUAGAAAUAGACGUCAGUUUUCUAGGUUAAGUAGGCGUAAAUUGUCAAACAGUGAUAUUGGAAAAUAUAGGAAACACAAAUAACAGUAAAACUAAACGUGAGAAAAAUCAGCCAGUUAAAACAAUAGAUGUUUCCUUCGGCAGAAGAAUAAUGUUUUAAAGCCGACCAAAAUGGCUAUGCACAAAGGAUUUCGCGUAUUUGAAAAAUCGAAGCCCCCAAGUCCGUACAGUAUACUUUUGGAACGAAAGGGAAAAGAAGAGACUUUGCUUUUCGAGUCACAAGCAGUUGCUGUGUUGUCAGCUCAAGAAACAGAAGCCGUUAAAAAACAGUAUACUAAGAUUUCAGAUGGUUAUGGAUGUUUGGGUGUUCUACAACAUUAUUCUGGAGAAACCACAACUCUGUAUCUGGUUAUCAUCACCAGUUGUUUCUCAGUGGGUAAAAUUGGGGAAUCUGAAAUAUUCCGCAUUACCCAAACACAAUUUGUUCCUUUAAAUUAUCAACAAGGCGAUGAUAAAAUUGGGGAGGUGAGAAAAUUACUCAAUUCAGGUACAUUUUACUUUUCCCAUUCUAGUGGUACAUCUCCACCCCUGGAUCUCACAUUAUGUGAACAGAGACGGCAAAAAACGAAUUCUACUGAUCAUCGAUUUUUCUGGAAUCGCAUGCUACAUGUACAUCUAGUUCGUUUCAGUGUUGAUUGUUCAUCUUGGUUGGUUAAAGCAAUGUGUGGAUCAGUUGAAAUAAGAACAGUGUAUGUAGGACACAGAAAAGCCUUAGCAGCUGUUAUUUCACGGCUGAGUUGCGAAAGAGCUGGAACUAGAUUUAAUGUUAGAGGUACAAAUGAUGAAGGCCAUGUCGCUAAUUUCGUUGAAACUGAGCAGGUUAUAUAUUUAGACAAUGAGAUCAGUUCAUAUCUUCAAACCAGAGGUUCGGUACCCUUGUUUUGGGAACAACCAGGAGUUCAAGUAGGAUCUCAUAAAGUUAGAAUGUCUAGAGGUUAUGAAGCUUCUAAAUCAGCAUUUGAUAGACAUAUGAAGAUCAUCAAAGAACGGUAUGGUAAACAAAUAAUUGUAAACUUAUUAGGGACAAGUCUUAUAGGAAGCAAAGAAGGGGAAGCUAAUUUAAGUCAGGAAUUUCAAAAACACCAUAGAGAAUCUAUACAUACCGAUAUUCCUCAUAUAGUUUUCGAUUAUCAUCAAGAAGUUAGAGGUGGUAACCAGACAAGUUUACUGAAAUUGAGAGCAAAACUCGAUCAAUAUCUCCAAGAUUAUUCUUAUUACUACACUAACAGUGGCGUAAUAUACAAUCUCCAAAGUGGCACAAUAAGAACAAAUUGUUUAGAUUGCUUAGACAGAACAAAUUGUGUUCAAACAUUCCUUGGACUGGAAAUUUUAGCUAAACAAUUACAAUCCAUGCAAUUAGUGGAUAAAAAGCAGACUAUAUCAAGAUUUGAGGAAGUCUUCCGCCAGAUGUGGAUCAAUAAUGGUAACGAAAUAAGCAAGAUCUAUGCUGGGACUGGGGCUAUACAAGGUGGCUCUAAGCUCAUGGAUGGAGCUAGAUCAGCUGCAAGAACCAUACAGAAUAACUUACUGGAUAAUUCGAAACAAGAAGCCAUAGAUAUUUUGUUGAUGGGUUCGACCUUGUCUUCGGAGCUGUCAGACAGAGCACGCACCCUACUUCCUUAUAAUACACUACAUGCCCCUCCGCAUGUUUUGAGAGAGAUGUGCAGACGAUUCACUGAAUAUACAGAACCGAUUAAAUUGAGAAUUUCAGUAGGAACCUACAAUGUGAACGGAGGAAAACAUUUUCGUAGUGUAGUGUUUAAAGAUAUUCAACUAUCAGAUUGGUUGCUGGAUGCACAUAAAGGUUCAAUUCUUGUCGAUACUAAUCCGAACGAGAAAGAUUUAUUGAGACCUGUUGACAUUUUCGCUAUAGGUUUUGAAGAAAUUGUGGAUCUGAAUGCUUCGAAUAUAGUUAAUGCAAGUUCUGAAAAUGCCAAGUCUUGGGCAGUCGAACUUCAAAAAGUUCUUUCGCGGGAUGUACCAUAUGUCCUUCUUACUUACCAACAAUUAGUGGGAGUUUGUUUAUACAUUUAUGUCAGACCAGAGCAUGUUCCGUACAUCCGUGAUGUAGCGGUGGAUUCAGUUAAAACGGGCAUGGGUGGACAUACUGGAAAUAAAGGAGCUGCAGCAAUACGUCUAGUUUACCAUGCUACCUCUCUUUGUUUUGUCUGCGCUCACUUUGCUGCAGGUCAGAGCCAGGUCAAUGAAAGAAAUGCCGAUUACAAUGAGAUCACAAGAAAAAUCAACUUUCCUAUGAGUCGUUCGUUAAACUCUCACGAGUAUCUCUUCUGGUGUGGUGACUUCAACUAUCGCAUCGAUUUGGAUAAAGAUGAACUGAAAGAGUUGAUUAAAUUGGAGGAUUAUGAAACUAUUCUCCAAUCGGAUCAAUUAAGGAAGCAGCAGAAUGAAGGUAACGUCUUUAAAAAUUUCCUAGAAGGGGAUAUAAACUUCCCACCAACAUAUAAAUAUGAUUUAUUCAGUGAUGACUAUGAUACCAGUGAAAAAUGUAGAGCUCCAGCGUGGACAGAUAGAGUUUUAUGGAAAAGAAAACCCAUAUCUGAAUCUGGAAGUCCAACUAAUAUUUCUUAUGGUAAAUUGGUUCAUUAUGGAAGAGCAGAAUUGAAACAGAGUGACCACAGACCAGUUAUUGCAAUAAUCGAUGUUGAAGGGAGGAAGGUGAAUGAAUCAUUACGUGAUCAAGUAUUCUACCAAGUUAUAGCCGAUAUGGGUCCACCAGAUGGCACUCUUAUCGUUACUUAUGAGGGUCCUAACAACGAUAUGGAAAAUACAGUGUUUGACGAUAACUUAGUAAUGAUUCUCUUAGAACAAUUUUCUCAGAUCGGUGAGACCAUUCUAGUAAGAUUUGUCGGUGACACUAUGUGGGUGACAUUCAGAGAAGGCCAGUCUGUUCUUCAAACUCUCAAAAAAACCAAUGGUAAGAUUCAAGUUCAGGAGUAUGAUUUGACGUUAAGACUGAAAACUCCUAACUGGGUGCAGCAAGCUAAAGAUGAAAUUGGGCUGUGUUCAACUAAUACUGUUCCUUUAUACAUAUCGCCAACCCAAGAGGAGUACAAUUGCCUAGGUAUUCCUGAAGUAAGAAGGAAUGUAAGAACAGGUCCUCCUAUAAGACCACCUCCUCCAAAUAAAUCUCCUCAAACGCCUAAGAAAAAUUUACCAAUAGCUGGAGUGAUAAGUAUUCCUGCAAGGAAUGUACCAGCUCCAGUUCAAUCUCAAACAGGGCAGAAACUCGAAGAAACAGGUAUUUAUGAGGAAAUAGUAGAUGAUUAUGCUGACAGUAUCCCGGAGCCUGUAGGUCCUCCUCCUCCACCCCCAAGGCCCGAACCAGCCAAUGAGAGGCCACCUCCACCUGUACCAGCAAGAUCAGCUCCACCCCCACCUCUACCAGCUAGACCACGAUCUUAAGAAAGCAUUUAGUGUUGUAUGGGCCUAAUCGAAUUUAGACAUACAAUACUCUAGUCAAAUUUAAAAGCAGUAUUGUUAUUGUCAUUCCUAUAUUUUAAUUUUCUUGCCUUUGACUGUGAAUUUGUUUGGCUGUUAUAGAUUUUAUCUUAUUUAAUCUAUGUAUAGGAGUGUCAAGUGUAGAAUAAUUUGUUUAUAUUUGUACAUUCCAAUCGGCAAUAUUAUAUAUGUGAUGGAGAGCAAAGAACAAAGGGGCACAAAGGGUUUCUGGAUAGAUGUAGAUUUUUGUCCUAGCAGUUUUAUACAACAUGCUGACUGGGGAACUUGAUGUUUGUUGUUCUGUAUUAAUUUUUGUAGAUUUUCAUCAGAAUUUCUAAAAGGUUUCAUAUGAUUAUAGUUUCGUAUAUGAAAUAUAUUGUGACUUGUUACGAAAUUUUAUUCUUUGUUAUGUCUAGGAAGCAUUUUAAAUCUGUAUAUUUUAUGUUGAAGUAUUAUUAGUGUAAUUAUAAGAAUUCUACAGCUUUGGUGGAAAAACUAAAUGAAGGCUGCUUGCUCCUAGGAUAAUAAUACUAUAUGUAAUAUAGAUUUUACUUAAUACUCCAAUUUAAAAACAAUAAAAUCAUAUUAUUGAUGUAAUAUUAGAGAACAUUAAAAAAGUUAAAUCAUA